AGUACGGGGCGCGCGCUCGGCGGCGCGCAUGUGUGUGUGUGCAGGCUGCCAGGCUGCCCCGAGCCGGCGGGGAGCCAGUCCGCUCCAGGUGGCGGGCGGCUGGAGCGAGGGAGCGGACAUGGACUUCGACUCCUACCAGCACUAUUUCUACGACUAUGACUGCGGGGAGGAUUUCUACCGCUCCACGGCGCCCAGCGAGGACAUCUGGAAGAAAUUCGAGCUGGUGCCGUCGCCCCCCACGUCGCCGCCUUGGGGCUCCGAUCUCGGCGCCGCCGGGGACCCAACCUCCGGGGCUGGUCCUCCGGAGCCGUGGCCCGGAGGGGACGAAGCGGAAUGUCGGGGUCAUUCGAAAGCUUGGGGCAGGAACUACGCUUCCAUCAUCCGCCGUGACUGCAUGUGGAGCGGCUUCUCCGCCAGGGAACGGCUGGAGAGAGUGGUGAGCGAUCGGCUCACCCCUGGCGUGCCGCGGGGGAACCCGCCCAAGGCACCCGCCACCCCGGACUGCACUCCCAGCCUAGAAGCCAGCACCCCGGCGCCUGCCACCCCCUGUCAGCUGAGCGAGCCCAAACCCCAGGCCUGCUCGGGGUCUGAGAGCCCCAGCGAUUCGGAGGGUGAAGAAAUCGAUGUCGUGACGGUGGAGAAGAGACAGUCUCUGAGUCUACGGAAGCCAGUUACCAUCACUGUGCGAGCAGACCCUCUGGACCCCUGCAUGAAACGCUUCCAUAUAUCCAUCCAUCAGCAGCAGCACAACUAUGCGGCUCGUUUCCCCCCAGAAAGUUGCUCCCAAGAAGAGGCUCCAGAGAGAGAUCCCCAGGAAGAGACUUUGGAAAAAGACACCCCUGAGGAAAAGGAGGAUGAAGAAGAUGAAGAAAUCGUGAGCCCUGAACCUGUAGAAAGUGAGACUCCUCCGUCUUGCCAUCCUAAACCUGUCAGUUCUGAUACUGAGGAUGUGACCAAGAGGAAGAACCAUAACUUCUUGGAGCGCAAAAGGCGGAAUGACCUUCGCUCAAGGUUCUUGGCAUUGAGGGACCAGGUACCCACCCUGGCCAGCUGCUCCAAGGCCCCCAAAGUAGUGAUCUUAAGCAAGGCCUUGGAAUACUUGCAAGCCCUGGUUGGAGCUGAGAAGAGGAUGGCUACCGAGAAAAGACAGCUCCGGUGCCGGCAGCAGCAACUGCAGAAAAGAAUCGCAUACCUCAGUGGCUACUAACUGAUCAAAAAGCCUGACUCUUUUGUCUUACAAAGACACGCGUUUAUUUUUUAACUUCCCUUUCCCCUCUAGUAAUUUGCACAUUUUGGUUCCAGGCUCGAUGGUCUGAACAGUAGGUCCCAGAAUGCAUUGCAGCCGGUGCACACACAAUAAGGGCUUGCAUUCUUGGAAACCCUGAAACCGAGCUCUCCCUCCUCCCUCACCAAUGGUGAGUGCUGUGUCCUCCCUGGCGCCUCUGGCUUUCUCAGCAGGCAGCUGACUGAGGAGUCUUGAGGUCUGCCUAGCUCACUAGCUCUGAAGAAAAGGCUGACAGAUGCUAUGCAACAGGUGGUGGACGUUGUCAGGGGCUCCAGCCUGCAUGAAAUCUCACACUCGGCAGGCUCUUUGGGCUAGGAAAGGAUGCUCCCACUGCUGUCUCUGGGGGUGACACAAGGACAGCUGGGCCUGGAUGCUCUCUGAGGCUCCUUUUUCCAAGAGACACACGAGCUGUCCUGAGUGAAGACUAGCUCACAGACUUGAUCAACAAUGGACCAUUACCUCACUGUCAGACACUUUACAGUAGCUGAGGAGUGGAAACUUUAUAUAAUAUAUGUGUGUGUAUAUAUAUAUAUAUGUAUAUUCAUAUACAUAUAUAUAAAUAUAUAUAAAAUGAUGUUGGGCAACACCUCUCCCAUUCUCCCUCAAUGCUGCCACCUUGAGAACAUUUAAAGAGCUUGGCCUCUGAGUUCUUCAAGUCAGAGCUCAUAGGGCCCUUUCCCCUGAGAGAGGGACCUUUCCACCCCCACAAGGGACUUUUUUUUGUUGUUGUUUGUUUCAUUCUGCCUUUGUUAUGCAAUGGGCUCUACUGCAUCCUUUCCCACAGGUCAGACAUGUUUCCCCAAAACACAGGGAAAAUCAGUCCUAGCCCGAGACCGAGGAAGGCUUGGAGUCCUGACUCUUGAACUUGUUCCUUACCCAGUUAUUUCCCCAGGGCCAUUUAAGACCCAUCUUGGAAUCUUAAGGCAGGGAGGUAUAAGGCAUCUCAGAAGGAAGCUCUGUACCAUUUCCUCUUUCUUACCUGCCUCUUGUCUCCGUCCUUGACUCUAUUUGAAAUUCUACUGGAACCAUGUAAACCUGUCUUUCUCAUCAUGCAACUCCAAGAAGCUUGCUGCUUUGCAAGCCACCAGCCUGGUUCUCUACCAGGUGAUAUGAGUCAGAUCCCUUUCCCAGAACCUGGGCCUUACUAAGGUGCUAGGCAGAGCUUUUGGAACUCACCCAUUGGUCCAGAAGGUGGACUCGCUUCCUGGUGGUUGUAAAGGCACCUUCAGGAGCUCUGCUUAACCAACCCUUAUAAAUUGCCCCAGCUGGACUUGCAGCUCUGACCCAGCAGGUGCCAUGUGGCCAACCUCAGGAGCUGCGCAGCCUGGCCUGGAAGAAGGAGCAGCCCUUCCAGAACUCUGCACAGACAGCAGAUUCCUGCUGGCUCUGGGUUAGACAGUAGGGGCAGGGUAGAGGUGGUCAGCACUAUUUGUGGCUCUGAAAAACCAGCUGCUACUUCCUAACCUACUGUGUAUGGUGAUCUGUUUCUGAGGUUGCUUCCUAGCCUCAGAGAACUUCUGCGGAAAUUUCAGAAAUAGCUUCUGUAAUUGUGGAAGCAGGAUUUUUGGGAGCCAACUGACUUCUAGAACUGUCUUGAGAGUGUAGGAAUGGAACAAGUUACUGAUGUCUCACCUGAGUAGUUUCUGUUUUAUAAGCUGCUGCUGGGUAAUUUGCUGGGGGAGUUGUUUUGUUUUGUUUUAUACUGUAUUUUUGUAUGCCUUUUGCAAAGUGGUGUUAACUGUUUUUGUACAAGGAAAAAAAAAACCUCGGGCAAUUCUCUUGUUGCAAGGGUCUGAUUUAUUUUGAAAGGCAAGUUUACCUGAAAUUUUGUAUUUAGUUGUGAUUUCUGAUUGCCUGAUUUUAAACUGUUGCCUUCUGGGACAUCUUCUAAUAAAAGAUUUCUCAAAUAUGUCA